AUGGAUGGCGAGUUAAUAUGUUCCGACUGCGGUGAGAAUGACUUUGGGGAGUUUGAUGAGGACACUCAAACGUCGAUGUGUAUGUCCUGCGGGAACGAACAAGGCCCUCGGAAACACUCUAUAUAUACACACUUUGCCAUUGCGCGUGUAGAUAAGUUGAACCCUGUCAAGAAUAAUACCAAGCUGAAGCAUGUGACACUUAAUGUAGGUAAAGAUAAAACGGUAGGUGUGGUUACGAACGCGAAGUAUAUCGCAGAAGGUGAGACUGUCGUGGUGGCGCUGGUAGGUGCGGUGGUCCCAGCGGGGAGUAAUGUAGAUGAGAACGCGAAUGCGAUUACAAUUACCAAGACAACGAGUGACUGCCAAUUCCCUUUCGAGAGAGUUAUUGUUGCGUCGGCAAUUGGGAAUGUGUUCUAUUUGUGGGUAUUGCUGUAA